UGUUGUUCCAGGUUUAUGUUUACCUUUAAUUGUCAAUAUUAGUUCAUUUGACUAAUUGUUGUUUCAUUUAAUUAAAUGUGAUUAGAUUAAAUUAUUGUGUCUUUUUAUAUCUCCAAUGUGAUGAUAACUUGAGGUUGACUGAUAAAAUUUUAAUCUACUUCACAAUGCUACUGUUUAAGUUAUCAGACUGAUUAAUUAAAUUCUAUUCCAUUGGUUACCGUUUAUUAUUCAUCAAUCGAUUCAACUGAUAUCAGACAUUUCAUUUCCACCUUCUCUCAAAUUAACUUAUCCACAUCCUUGUCAAUAAUUUUAUUCUGCAAAUCAAAAUGUCUUCAACAAAUUUACUAAAUGUCUCUAAUGAUGAUGCGCUACAAUUAACUUCCAUCUUGUUUCAAUGUUUCGCUGUUAUCAUUUUGGGCUAUGUUUCUGGUCGUUUGUCCAUCAUCUCGGAAACCCAAUCAAGAGGAAUCACCAACUUUGUUUCUUUCUUUUCUCUACCUUCUCUCAUAUUUCUUAGCCUGGCAAGAUGUGAUCUAUCCGCUAUCGAUUGGUAUUUUGUUGCCUCAGUUUUCAUUUCAAAAGUUAUCGUCUUCGUCUUGGUGGUUAUAAUAACCCUUCUAGUUACCAGACCAUGUAACCUUGGUAAAGCGGGUCUUUAUGGAAUGCUGGUCACCCAAAGUAACGAUUUUGCGAUCGGUUAUCCAAUAUUAUCAUCACUUUACGAUUCUAGUCAACCUCAUUUUGCUGAUUAUCUUUAUGUUGUUGCACCGCUUCAGUUGUUAUUCAUUAAUCCGUGUGGUCUAUUUUUACUGGAAAUGUAUAAAUAUCGUCAAGCUGAAGACGCUUCAUCAUCAGUUACAAAGACCCGGACAAUUGUUAUCAUUGGAACUGUACUUAAAAAUACAAUUACCAAUCCGAUUGUUGUAAUGACUCUUGCUGGUCUCAUUUGGAAUCUAUUCUUGGGUAACACUGUACCUGAAAUGCUUGCUGGACUUUGCCAAUCGCUUGCUAAUGCCUUCAGUUCAACUUCACUAUUUCUACUUGGCCUCAAUAUCGUCCAGGAAACUGGUUUAAUUGGUAAUUCAGCUAAAAUUAUGGUCCCUUGUACACUUAGUGCUGUUAAAUUGUUCAUCUUACCCGUUAUAUUGAGACUUGUCACCCAAUACUUGGUUCGUGGUACCGAAAACUAUGUAUUCACCAUGGCAAGUUUCGCCUUCCUCUAUGGUACAAUACCUUGUGCACCAACGAGUGUUAUCUUUGCUCUAAUUUAUAAUCUCGGUUCAUGGGUAACAUCAUACGCACUUAUUGUUUCAACCAUUAUUUCUGCUCCUUUACUCUUUGUCUCUGCCAAUAUGAUCCGUUACUCUGAGUAUACACCCGAACAAGUUACUCAUGAUUUAUGCCUUACCAUUUACACGAUUAGUUUAAUUGCUAUUCCCUGUGCUGUAUGGACUUUAUUUAUCUUCAUUUGUGGCCGUAAAUGGACUUCAAUUACCCACCGAGUUACUUUUGGUUUACUAAUUACUCAACUGAUUGUCGCUGUUGGUGGUUACCUUAUGCCUCAUGAUUCAACUGUGAUGAAAUUACGAUACUUUGUCCCCGAAUUUGGUAUCUUUGCCUCCCGAAUAUGGACUGCACUUCUUGCUUUGACCUUUGCUCUUCUCAGAAAGCGAAGUCUCUGUUUCGUUUUACGAGUUCAAAACUUCCUUUUUGCUGGAGCCUUUUUACUCACCAUAAUUAUGACACUUACUCUCUAUCUGGUCGCCCCUUACUCUCCAGAAUCUUCCAUUGAUCCUUUCUUCAAAUUCGGAUCCUAUCAAACCCUUCCAUCGUUAGCAUUGACAACUUUAUCCGCUAUUAUCACAGGAAUCGCUAUUAUCUCUCAGCAACGCGAUAACGCUUCGGCUAAUAUGUACUCUCGACUUAACGUUGAAAGCUCCGUUGAUUCAGGUCGAGAGUCACCAGUCCAACCAAUUGCUGUCGAUGUUGAACAACAGCAACAACCAGAAGAACCAAGUAACUCAAUAGAUGCAGAUGCAAUUAGCAUUGAAGAUUUAGUCAGUUCAACGAUAGUUAAUGGUUCUUGUCAAGGGGCUGAUUGUUCAAAUACUCAUCGACGUAAAUCAUGUCUCAAAUAUUUACAGCGAUAUUUACAUGAUACAAAUGAUGAACUUGUACCAGUUAAAGGAGAGCGAUUAAGUUUAUCUUUUCAAAGGCACAUUCAACAAACUCAUCAUUUGGCUUUACUUUUGAUUCUAUUACUUUCAAUGAUAAUUGAUUUUGCUGUUUCAGUUAGUAAAUUGUUCAAUGAAAAGUUUACAGGCAUUCAUGUUGAACUUGUUUCAUUAGACAUUUUCCUUGUCUAUGGUCAAGCGAUUAGCACGUUCGUCCUAUUUGGACUAGAUACAACAACGUUCAUUGACAUUUGGCGUCGUUUAUGUUUCCAUUUUUCUCUGGAUAAUUCAAAUCAUCACCAACAACAUAAUCCACAGCAAUCAACCGACAUCACGAUUAAUGAAUCUCAUUACAUUUGCCACCAAUUUUCAACAUAUCAUCUUGAAAAAUGCGCUAAAGAUAUUUGCUUCCUAAUCUCUUGCCGAAAGUCUGAAGUUUGUGUUUUCAAAGGCUGCGAUUUGGUCAAUUGGCUAUUGAAAAGUGGACUAACUACCGAUCGAAAAUCAGGUCGUACUUAUGCGACUAAUCUUCUUCGUGGUCACCUUAUUCGAUCCCUUGAUAGGUCAUCACAUUUUCUGGACGCAUCAACAUUUUACCAAUUCCUUACCGUUCCAAGAUCUUCAUUAAAUGAACAACCGACCAACAAUUAACCCUUUUGAUCCUUAAACAUAUUUACCUCUAUUUUUGUUUCAAUAACUCAAGUUUAAUCUCACUAGUCCAAUUCAUGUUUUUAUCUUAAUCAUCAACAAUUUAAAUUUUUCCCUUGUUGUCACUUUGAUUCCCUGUUUUUCCAAUUUGUCAUCUUUAAUUUAAUCGAUAUCAUUAUGAUAUUCUUUAUAAUAUCUUUGACUUUUGAUUUAAUCACAAUUUUAAUUGUUACCUUAUAUACAUGUUGUUUACUUUUAAAAUUAGUACAAGGUUUUUGUCUUGUACAAUUUAAAUUGAUUCAUCAUAUUAGGAAAAUUACAACUCCCUCAGCUAAUUAACUAAACAUUUGAAUUCAAUUUCUGUUAGCUGACUUUAUCUAACAUCUUAAUUGUUUCCCUCUGUGAUAUUAUCCUGUAAGUUAAUUAAAUAACAAUUAACACAUUUGACCAAUUACGAUGUCUACUGUUAAUAAAGAUGAUUAAAAUUAACAAAAACUUUA